AGUAGUUGGAUCAGACAGACACGGCUAGGCCUAUUGAUGCAGUUCAAGAAUUGUAGGGACGGGGCUUUGUGUAGUUGCAAUUGCAAAAAGUCACUGAUAAACACAGUUUAUUCUUCAACUAGGAUGUUAAGCCUUCAAAUAAAUCGUUUUGGAUAAGAUUGGAUUGGCGUUAUCUAGAUAUCGUCGGAGAUCUGAAUCCACAAAGGAUCACCAUGUGGCUGUCAUUGGCUUGAUGUGGACCAGGAAAGGAUCUUCACCUUCUAUGCUGCACUGUCCUUCAGAGACCCAAGCAGAUCUGUCAAUCUAAUCCCUUUCUAUGGAUUAUGGACCUGGCGAAGUGAAACCCCAGAUUUGGGUCUUUGUCUAAUACUGCCUGAUAGCAGUUUCCAGAACAAAUGGCUUGUAUUGGAAAGCAGUCAUGAAAUUUGGCACUGUAAGGUGCCUGUACACAGGAUAUGAAUGCGCCUUGCCUCUGGACUGAGGACAUAGCGAAUCUUGGUGGAGUAGCUGGCGAACCAAAGGGCUCCAAUUAUUUGAUGCAGUCGGACAACCCAUUCAGCAAGAAACUCCAAGCGUUAAAGGGGUCCAUGGGACCUCCAAACGCCAACGUGCAGGGAACGCCAGCCAUGCCCAAGAUGGGCGUCCGGGCGAGGGUGUCGGACUGGCCCCAGCGAAUGGACGGCUGGGAGUCACAGCCGCCCCGCUAUGACAGCCUGGUGCCGACCUUCCAGAAUGGACCGUCAAAACUUACCACAGAGGCCAUCCUCCAAAAGAGCCAGGAGUUGCUCAAUGCCGAGUUCCCAGAGACCAGGUAUCCGCUGUGCGACCUCCUGAGCCACUCCCCCAUGAAGGGCUUCCCCGGGAUCAAGAGGAGCAACAGCGAGGUCACCAUUAGCGACAUCUGCGCAGAGGACUUGGAUCACACCACCAUCAACCCCAACACUGGGGCCACCUUGCGCCGUGAGUAUGGGAGCACGUCCUCACUCGACAAGCAGGGUCUUUCCGGCGCCAGCGAAGGCUUUGUGGGAAACCUGAGAGGCUACCAUGUGGAGGACUGCUCAGACCAACCCAGUGCGCCGCCUCCACAGAGUUUCCCGGAGCUGCUGCGUCUCAACACCACCCUGUCGCCCAGCCUACAGACGGCUGCCCAGAUUGCGCGAGGCGACAUUGUCUGCAUCCCAGGCUACGACUACGUGGACAGCUCCCUGCUCUACAGCCGUGAGCGGGAGAGGUCCUUCAUCCAACGCAUGAAGGCGGAGAAGGCCGAUACCUCCAUCUUCCGGAGGCUGCGGAACGUGAAGAGUGAGGGCGAGUACCUGGACCAGGAGGACGGAGGGCGCUUCGGAAGGCCCCUGAGCUUCCAGAAGUGCUUCGCCCACUACGACGUGCAGAGUGUCCUCUUCAACAUCAGCGAGGCGGUGGCCAACCGUGCCGACCUGGGUCGAAGGAAGAACACUACCACAGGGGCGUCGGCCGCCUCUCAGUGCCAGGCCCUGGCUUCUGGGUUGGGAGACAGUGCGACGCACAUGCCCAUCUGUGAGUCGCCCGUAGACAGCUGCGAGGACCUGGGCCACAAGGCCAGCAUGGACACAGAUGAGGGGGAUGGGAAGAGCAAUACCCUGGUACUCAGCUGCCCGUACUUCCGUAACGAGACCGGUGGCGAGGGCGAGAGGAAGGUGGCCCUGAGCAAAGCCAGCAGCGCCAGCUAUGGGAGCGGAGACUAUGCUCCUAACUAUGGGGGUGGAGGACAAGGCUACUCAGUGGAAUCAUCGCUCAGCACCCGGUGCACCAAUGCAGGAGUGUCGGUGCUCGAGGUGCCAAGGGAGAGCCAGGCCUUCCACAGGGACAUGUACAAGCGCUACAUAAUCGAACACAUCGACCAGGGGGCCUACUACUACCACAAGUACUUUUACAAUAAAGAUCACCAGAACUACUUUGGCACGGAUGAAAACUUGGGCCCCGUGGCGGUCAGUAUCCGCCGGGAAAAGCUGGAUGAGGGAAAGGAGGGAGCACAGUACAACUACCGGGUCACCUUCCGGACCAGCGAGCUCACCACUCUCCGAGGGGCCAUCCUGGAGGAUGCCGUGCCCUCCACUGCCAAGCAUGGCAUGGCCAGGGGCCUACCGCUGAAGGAGGUGCUGGAGUAUGUGGUCCCAGAGCUGAACAUCCAGUGUCUCAGGCUGGCCACCAGCUCACCCAAGGUCCCUGAGCAGCUCCUCAAGCUGGACCAACAGGGGGUGAGUGAUCAUAGACAUACAGUCGCUAGUGAAAGUUUCCACACCCUUGCUGUCUUCACAUUUUGCUGGCUUAAAAUUGAAUCUAAAAGGAAAUAA